UGUGAGAAAACAGUGCAUCAACACUCUCUCAUCCCCAAACUGGACGGUGCGAAAGGUCUCCCCGGAACAGCCGUUGCGGCUGUCACUGUUUUCAAAUUGGGGUUCGGUCCAAUAUGGCGACAGACGGAUGGAAAUACUGAUGACUGUCCGAAAGAUUGCCUCGAUUUGUACGAUGGGCGCCAAUGCCUCAGCUUUGGAGAAGGAGAUCGGACCGGAACAGUUUCCAGUUAAUGAACACUACUUUGGAUUGGUCAACUUUGGGAACACCUGCUACUGUAACUCGGUGCUGCAGGCCCUCUACUUCUGUCGUCCUUUUAGGGAGAAGGUCCUAGCCUACAAGGUCCAGCCCAGACGUAAAGAGUCCCUGCUCACUUGUCUGUCUGACCUCUUCAACAGCAUUGCUACACAGAAGAAGAAGGUCGGAGUCAUCCCUCCCAAGAAGUUCAUCUCACGUCUGAGGAAGGAGAAUGAGCUGUUUGACAACUACAUGCAGCAAGAUGCCCAUGAGUUCCUCAACUACCUCCUCAACACUAUCGCUGACCUGCUCCAGGAGGAGAAGAGCCAGGAGCGACAGCAGAAUGGAAAACUGGUGCAGAACGGAGGAGGUGGGGGGAGCAGUGGGACAGGAGGAGGAGACGAGGGGGAGAAGACACAGCAGACCUGGGUCCACGAGAUCUUCCAGGGAACCCUGACCAACGAGACGCGCUGCCUCAACUGUGAAGCUGUGAGCAGUAAAGACGAGGACUUCCUGGACCUGUCUGUCGACGUAGAGCAGAACACCUCCAUCACGCACUGUCUUAGGGGUUUCAGCAACACCGAGACACUAUGUAGUGAAUACAAGUACUACUGUGAACAGUGUCGGAGUAAACAGGAGGCACAGAAAAGGAUGCGUGUUAAGAAGCUUCCUAUGAUCCUGGCGUUACACCUGAAGAGGUUUAAAUACAUGGACCAGUUGCAUCGCUACACCAAGCUGUCCUAUCGCGUCGUCUUCCCCCUGGAGCUCCGCCUCUUCAACACCUCAGGAGACGCCACCAACCCCGACCGCAUGUACGACCUGGUCGCCGUGGUCGUCCACUGUGGAAGUGGUCCAAACCGUGGUCAUUACAUCACCAUAGUGAAGAGUCAUGGAUUCUGGCUCUUAUUUGAUGACGACAUAGUAGAGAAAAUCGACGCCCAGGCGAUCGAGGAGUUCUACGGUCUAACGUCUGACAUUUCUAAGAACUCUGAGUCAGGUUACAUCCUGUUCUACCAGUCCCGGGACUGAACCAGCCAAUGGCAGUGGCCCAAAGCUGAAACGGGCCAUUGGGAUUGGGACUCUGCAUAGAGAGGGAGGGGCUUGGGCAGCCACAGGCCCUGCCUAGCCCACCACCUGUUUUAAAUAUUUAAGCUUUACAGUGGGAGCUGUGGAGUACCGAGAGGAUGAAUGGAGGAGGAUCUUCAGCAGACAGGAGCCAACGAUGCCCGAGCGACCGAUCAGUUGAUAUGACGUCAUCAUCGUAGAACGAAGAGCAGGUACCCGGGAUUGUUAUGUUUCGUCAUCCUCUCUCUCCUCUUCAUCAUCGUCAACAUCGUCCUGAUUGUUUUUUUUUUGGUUUGACAGCAGAUUAGAAAUAUAUGGUGUGUUGGCUUGGCUAGCUCUCUGCUUACAUGGUGUGCCAUUAAUGGUAUGGCACCAUUACUGGUGUUUAAUCAAUUAUUGGUAUCCUUGUCAUAUUUAGUGCCACUCAGGGGCUAAACAGGAUUUGGGUUUGAUGAAAAGUGGAUCUGCCAUUUCCUGAAUGUUCUCAAUACUUUGUUGCCAGUUGUUUUAGUUUGGAGAGUUGAGUUUGGUCCCUUUGCAGUUCAGCAGGCCAGAUCUGGCUGUGUUUUAUUAUAUCAUGGUUCGGAUGCUGAAAGCUGCACACAUAUUACCAUCUGUUUAAAGGGACACACACACACACACACACAUACACACACAUACACACAUACACACAUACACACAUACAUACAUACAUACA